GGCGGGAGCUUUGAAAGCUAGACGCUGAGCUGCCUGCGAGCUGAGCUGCCUGCGAGCUGAGCUACUCCGGAGCGCCCAGCUCGUCAGCUCCCAUCAAGAUUCUUCCGCUCCGGGAUUUUUGGGCAGCACAGCUAAAGGGCGCAGCCGGGACCGGGGUCCCUCAGCUGGAGGUGUAGUGUAGUGUCAACCGGAAGUGAGUCCGAACCUGGGCCAGAAAAACUGGUGUCCUCUUCUCGCGUGGGAGUGUCUUAGUCGCCCCCUUUGGCGGUUUAGAAAACGCGGAAUAGCGGACUUCCGCGGAGCGGGAGUGGAGCGGCGCGCGCCCGCCCUGCGCAUGCUCAGUGCUGCCUCUCCGUCAGGCUCUUGCGGCUCGCGGCUUCACGGCGGUUCGCGUCCCGCCGCCCCUCAUGGCGGCUCCCGGGACGCAAGGGGACCCCAUCCUGAAAGAUGUUGUGGCUUAUGUUGAAGUAUGGUCAGCCAAUGGAACAGAAAAUUAUUCAAAGACAUUUACAAAUCAACUUGUGGAUAUGGGGGCAAAGGUUUCAAAAACUUUUAACAAACAAGUAACCCAUGUUGUGUUCAAAGACGGGUACCAGAGCACGUGGAACAAAGCACAGAAGAGAGGCGUGAAGCUCGUCUCAGUGCUCUGGGUUGAAAAAUGCAGGACAGCUGGAGUGCACAUGGAUGAGUCACUGUUUCCCGCAGCUAACUCUAACCAACACUUACCAAGCAUAAUCCAAAAAAAGCGCAAGUGUAUGCAGCCUAAAGAUUUUAUUCCUAAAACACCAGAAAAUGAUAAAAGACUGCAAAAGAGGUUUGAGAAGAUGGCUAAAGAGCUCCAGCAGCAGAAGAGAACUCUGGGUGAUGAUGUUCCUGUUCUCUUAUUUGAAUCUAAUGGCUCCUUGGUGUAUAGUCCCACAGUUAAAAUCUUCAGUGGCCACCACAGUGCAAUGGAGAAGAGAUUGCAGGAGAUGAAGGAGAAACGGGAAAAUCUCUCCCCCACCUCUUCCCAGUUGAUUGAAAAUUCUGGUGACACCGUUAACUCUUUGUGUGAAGAAGCAUCUCUGAACAUUUCCCAUGAUACUUUGUGUUCAGAAAACUCCUUUGCUGGUGAUCUGCCCUCAUCCAUUGAUGAUUUUUGUGGAAAUACUCCAUGUGGGGAUCAGGAAAGGAAAGUGGAACACUUUGUUGAAGGAAUUAAAAGCCACGUGUCUGUUGUGUCCCCCAUGCUGAAAACACACAUUGUCCAUCCUUCAGCAUCUCUAGGGUCCCUCAAUCAGUUAACUCCUCAGAAUCUCCCCUGCAACCUUCCCAAGGAGGGAGUCCACCAGCAGCAAGGUGGCCCUGUGGGUGCUGUGAUCACUCCCAACACCAAGGUUCAGAAGGUGCCAGAUGACAAGGUUGGUUUGUUGCCUCCAAGACUGCCAGCAGAAGGUGCCCCCGUGGGCUCUUCAGGACCUGGAAGUUCCUCGGCCAAAAGGAAGAGGACAUCAGGGGCCUUGCACUCCCCUCCAGGACGGAGGCAGAAGAGGCUGCCCGCUGGGCCUAGGCUGCAGCUCUUUGCCUCAGGGGACAGCCAGCCGCUGGUGACCGGCUCUGCGGUUAAGGCUCUGGAUGGCGAGCAGUCUGCUUAUGAUGACUAUUUCUCGCCAGAUAAUCUGGAGGAGAGGCGUGCAGAGAGUCUUCCCACUGGGCACCCGCUGGUCCGCAACCCUGCCCCCCUCCAAGGCAGGAGAAGCCUCUCCCGGAGAGAGCGAGCCAGUGUCUUGGAGAUGGCCGACUUGUCGCGCAUUGGCAGGGCCCCCUGCAUGGUACCUGGUCUGCAGAAGGCAGCGCUCCAUAGAACUAGGCCCGCGCUGACUCGCAUGACUUUAGGGGAAAUACCUGCAACUGAAGAGGCCCCAGGCUGCGGUCCCCAGGCCGAGGCUCCGGGAGGAGGAGACCCCUGCCCAGGUGAGGGUGACUUUUACCCUGUGGGCGAGCUCACUCCUCAGCAAGGAUGCCGAGGCAAUUUCACUCCUUUGAAAGGAAGCAGCGAAGAAAUGAAAGAAUUGAUUGACCCAAAAAGUGUGCGGAGAGAAGGUACUCUUAAGGUGCUGGAUUCCUCUGAAGAUCAAGCACAAAGUGAUUCUAAACUGAACUCUGUAGACGACUGUGAUGUGGAAACAUCUGCAGAGGAAAGGGAAACCUUGCCCCCAGGAUUCAGGGAAAGCGUUAAAAAUGGACUCACAGGGCAUGAUGUUUUGGACAGCUCAUGGGAAGCCUUCGAGGACCUCGUCAGACCUCCUGAGAAAUCACAGAAAAAAGAGAAAGGGCAAGAGCCAACAAGAACAUUAGUCAUGACAAGCAUGCCAUCUGAAAAGCAGAACAUCGUCACCCAGGUGAUGAAUAAACUGAAGGGCUUCUCCUUGGCCCAAGAAGUGUGUGGCACCACCACGCAUGUGCUGGCGGGGAAGCCCCGGCGCACCCUCAACGUGCUGCUGGGAAUUGCGCGAGGCUGCUGGGUCCUCUCCUUUGAGUGGGUACUUUGGUCUUUGGAAAUGGGUCAUUGGAUUUCUGAGGAACCAUUUGAACUGUCUAACUACUUCCCUGCAGCUCCUCUCUGCCGCCAGGAGCGCCUCUCGUCCACUGGGCAGUACCAGGGAACUCUGUUUGCCGAGCAGCCGACCAUGUUCAUCAGCCCAGCCAGCAACCCACCCAGAACCAAGCUGUGGGAGCUGGUCCUGCUAUGUGGGGGCCAGGUCACGCGAGUCCCUCACCAGGCAAGCAUCUUCAUCGGACCCUCCUCAGGAAAGAAGAAGGCAACAGUCAAGUACCUGUCAGAAACCUGGAUCUUAGAUUCAGUCACUCAGCACAAGGUCUGUGCCUCUGAGAACUACGUGCUGGCGUGAUGGAGUCAACACUCAACCACAGCUGCUGCACACAGUCUGCCCAGCGGUCCCUGGACAGUCCAGCAAGAAAGGCAGCUGUGAGGAGAGAGGUGGGCACAGAAAGGAUGCCUUUUCUGUCGUCAAGUUUGCCUUGUGUGCUGUGGUUUUUAUAUGAAGAUGCUCCUUUGUGUGGCUUUCUGAUGCCCAACUGUGUGUCUCAGAGAGGCACCGACCAGCCCCUUUGGGCCUUUUCUGUAUUAUGCCAGUCUGUGUGUCUUAGUGAUGAUCGUAAUUAAGAGGUCCUAGAACCUUUGUCAUUGGAGUGCCAUACUGUUAAAUAAAGAAAUUAUAUUGUUUUACUGAGAACAAAGAACCCCCUAAAUUUCUUUGUUAGACCAUAAGAACUUUAUUGCUAUAACAUCUAUUAAAUAUGAAGGAUAUUGGACAGUUAUCAGGGUUACUCUUUAUGUACUUGAGAUUCUUCUAAAAGUAAUUGAUGGGGACAAGGGUGAGGAGUCACAGUUAGUGAUGACGGUGCUACUGAAGUAGCCCUGCUUCUCCAAGCUUAGUUUCUGGCGAGGAGAGCAUCACUAGGUGACUGGGGCCUCCGUUGGCCACCUUGGGGUUCACCAUGCCCUGGAGGAAAUGACAUUUGGGCCAAAUCAUACACACACUGGCUCAUCACCUUCCAGAGGCAAAAAAUGCUAAUUCCAGCAAGGUUGAAGGUGCCAUUAAGACUUUCUCGUGACACUGUCCCCUCUUGUGUUGUUUUUUGUUACUCAACACAGCUGCUGUUUCUACCUCAAAUAAAUUACAAGUCCCUCCACAAAUACAAGGGAUCAACUUUUGGAGUAAACCUUCUAGGAAAGCAGUAACAACACACAUGGAAACAGUGAAGGGUUUUCCCUUUGUGUUAGUGUAGCGAAUCCCCCAGAAAGUCCCUCAUAAUACUCAUACCUGAUAGUGGUUGAGCCUCAGCACAGCUCGCCAGGCCUGAGUCAUUCCUUCCACCUUAUGAACCUUGUUUAUAUUUGCUACUUCCUGGGCUUGGCUACUUUGAAGAUCAGGUACUUUGGCAGAGCUUCCCUAACACCAAAAAUUCCCAAGGCAGCUGACAUAAAUUGUGUGGACUCCCACUGGGGACAAGCCACAAAGAACUUCCAUCGCCUGACCACAUGGGCCACAGAGUGCCACCUAGGCCCUGUGUGCCCCCAGGCCUGCAUCCUCAGAGCCAAGUCCUUACUCCUGAUGCUGGCCUGCCAGUCAGGAUUCUCUUUCUAAAAGCUAAUAUUUUACAAGGAUUUGUGCCAGGCUUUACACUAAGCAUUUUCUGUAUGGUACCUCAUUUACCCUCCCAAUAAUUGUAAAUUAGAUACUAUAGGUUUACAAGCCCUUACCAAAACACAUAGGGGCCAUAAGUGUCUCAGAAUUCUGAUUUUCCUUUUAACUUUGAAACGUAUGUUGCUCUCAUGACUUCUAUUUGACAUUGUGUUAGAGAUUCUACCAAGAAAAGGCCAGAAAAGGAAUUAAAGGUAUACAGAUGGAAAUGAAGAAGUAAAACUAGUCUCAGAUCACAUGGUACUAUAUGUAGAAAAUUAUGGGGAAUCAAAGAAAAUACAGAUUAAGCAUGUUUAGCAAGAUUACAAAAUACAAAUUCUAUAUACAAAUCUAACUAGAUUUUAUUUUUAUAUACUAUGAACAAAAAUUCAAAAUGGAAUUAACAGUUUCUUUUACAGUAUUCUCUAAAAAUUAAAUAGGAAUAAAUGUAACAAAAGAAUUAUAAGAUCUGUAUACUAAAAUCUACCAAUCAUUGCUGAGAGAUUAAAGAUCUAAAUAAAUGGAGAAAUAUACCAAAUUCAUGGAUAAGAAGACUCAAUAUUGGUAAGACGGCUGUUUUCCUCAAAUUAAUCUAGAGAUUCACUGUAAUCAUCAAAAUGCCAGAUGGGUUUGUUUGUUUCUUGAUUUUUAGGACUGCACCUGUGGCAUAUGGAAGUUCCCAGGCUAGGGGUCGAAUCAGAACUGCAGCUGCUGGCCAACACCACAGCCACAGCAACACGGGAUCUGAGCAGAGUCUGCAACAUACAUCACAGCUCACAGCGAUGCUGGAUCUUUUAACCCACUGAGCGAGGCCAAGGAUCGAACCCACAUCCUCAUGGAUAACUAGUCCAGGUUCAUUACUGCUGAGCCACAAUGGGAACUCCUCCACAAUGGGAAUUUGAAAAAAACUGAUGCUAAAAUUUAUAUGAAAAUGCAAAGAAAUUCUAGUAGGAAAAUCAGUUUUUUAGAAAAAGAGCAAAGUUUGGAGAUUUACACUACCUUACUUGAAAACUUAACUGGCUUAAAGGUAGAAUGUAGAUCAAGGGAAGAAAAUAGAGACUCUAGAUAGAAAGCCUCACAUUUAUGGUCAGUGGGUUUCAACAAAGAUGCCAAGGCAAUUCAGUGCAGCAGGAUGUUCUUUAAUACACUCGGGGAAAAAAAAAUUAAAUGCACUUAUAUCCCUACUUCACAUUGCAAAAAGAAAAAAAAAAUGUGUAGAUUCCUACCUUACACCAUACACAAAAAUCAAAAUGGACCAGAAACCUAACUCAUAGUUUCUCAACCUCAGCACUGUUGGCAUUUUGGACCAAAUAAUUCUGUGCUGUGGGGGCUGUCCUGUGCACUGUGGUAUGUUUAGCACCAUCACUGGCCUUUAGCCACUAGAUCCCAUUAGCACACCCCACCCAGUUUUGACAAUCCAGACUGUCUUCACAUAUUCCCUGAUGUCCUCUGGGAGCAAAACUGUUCCCAGGUGAGAACCAAUGACCUAAUAUAAGAACUAAAUCUAGAAGAAAACAGGAAAUCCUUCUGAAAGUUUAGGCAAAGAUUUCUUAGAUAUGAUAUUAAAGGCACAAUUCAUAAAAGAGUAAGUUGAACUUGGAAGUUUUAAAAAGUUUUGCUGUUCCAAAGAAACCAUUAAGAAAAUGAAAAGCCACAAACUAGGAAAAAUAUUUGUAAACCAAACAUAUGGAAGGAAUUGUGUCCAGUAUUGUAAAGAACUUCUAUUCAUUAGCAGGAUAAUAAACAAAGAAUGGGCAAAAGAUAUUUUACACAAGAACAUAUAGAAAUGAUUAAUAAGCACAUGAAACAAUGCUUAACAUUAUCAAUCAUUAGAAAAACGCAAAGUAAAAGCACAAUGAGAUGCCUGUGUGCCCUCAGGAAUGGCCAUAACCAACAAUUCUGACAAUAAGAACUGACCAGCAUGUUGUCUUUAGAACCCUCAUGCAUUGCUGGUGUGGCUGUAUUAUUUUGAGGUUUCGUUUAAAAAUUGAACAUACACUUACCAUGUGACCCAGCAACUUCACUCUUACCUGUAUACCCAAGAGAAAUGAACAUGUGUCUAUCUGCUCAGGUACUUGCACAUAAAUGUUCAUAGCAACAUCUUUCACACCAGCCAAAAACUAGAAGCAAUCCAUUAACUGAUAAAUAAACAAAAUGUGCUAUAUCCAUACCACAGAUUGCUACUCGGUGAUAGAAAAGCAAACUGCUGAUACAGGCAAAAACGUGAUCAUCCUCAAGGACAUAUAAGUCAAAGAAGCCAGACCUAAAAGGCUACAUAUUGUAUGAUUUCAUGAAAAAUUUGUACAGAAGACAAAAACUAUAAAGGCAGAAAAUACAUCAAUGGUUUCCUGUCACUGGGGAUAGGAGUGGGAAUACACAGCAAACAUUUUGGGAUGAUGGGAUCAUUCUAAUACUCAAUUGUGAUUUUGGUUGUACCACUGUAUUCAUUUACUAAAAUCAUUGAACAGUAAAUUUUGUGCAUAAAUUAUGUAUCAAUAAAGCUGCUU